AAAUCCUCAAGAGAAACAAAACUCUAUGUAGAGCCCCAAAACACAUUGUAUUAUAAAAUAUCAAAACAUGGCUCUCGCAAGGCAGCUGAUCUUCUCUGCAGCUCCUGUGCUGCUGCUAUGGCUGUUGGCCUCCGCCGUCGUUUCUUCUGCGGCGGACUAUUACGACUUUCCCGACAUUGGUGAUGCCGGAGUGCCGAUCUACGAUAAAUCACUCCCGUCGUAUGGCAGUGAUGGGAUGGUACCGCUCAGGAUCGCUGUUGAAGGAGUUGUUUCUUGUAAAAAUGGCACUAAAUACCAUCCUCUUAAAGGUAUUGUAGCAAGAUUCACAUGUAUGGCUUUGAAUGAAAAAGGCAAAGAAAUGGCUCCUUUUUCAUUCUCAAGCUUUCCAAGCGACAGCAAUGGCUAUUUCUUAGCCACAUUGUCAGCUUCCAGGCUCAAAGGCAAAGCCAAAGUGACACAAUGCAAAGCCUUCCUUCCUCCUUAUUCUCCAUGUGAGGCCUGCAAAUACCUUACCAACGUUAACCAUGGCGUUGCCGGUGCUCUCUUUCGUUCUUUUCGCAUUCUCACACACAAGAAGAUGAAGUUGUACUCCCUUGGAUCUUUCUUCUAUUCCUCACAACCAAAUAUAUAAUGCCUCAAGUUUUUAUGAUCGAUUUCAAUUCAUGUUUAUUGUUUUAUUUUUGGUUUUUUGUCUUCCUUUUGGGUUUUAUUUGUUGUUUUCCAUUUAGUUAUUUCAAUGGAUGAUGAGUGCGAAAAGAAGAAAUAAUUUAAGAUGUGUAAGCUAUUUUAAUUUGUGUAUUUCACAUUCUCAUCAAGAAAUUUAUGUGUAAUAUUCUUUUAA